UGUGUGAGGAGGGGCAGCCGUGCACUUGUGCAGUCUUUCUUUGGCUCUCUGACUCCUGCCCGGAUCCCAGCUCAGACACGAUCACUUCUGAGGAGCUUCUAGUGUCUUGUGCUCCUGAUCAGGACCGUGGUGUUUAUCGGAGCCGCUGAACUCUGUCAUGUCUCUGUGGCGCUCGGCUGGACUGUGCUGCCUGCUGCUCGCUCUCUGCUCCCGGAUCUCAGCGUUUAACCUGGACACAACAACCAUCCUCGUCAAGGAGGGAGAGGAGGGGAGUUUCUUCGGCUUCUCUUUGGCUUUACACCAGCAGCUCACACCUGAAGCCCACAGCUGGAUCCUGGUGGGAGCGCCUCAGGCCCGGGGCGUGGGUUCUCUGUGGAGCAGCCGUCCAGGAGCGCUGUAUCGCUGCCCAGUCACACCGGACAAGUGUGAGCGGGUGGACAUCGAUGGACAUGUGAGUCUGGACCGAGAGAGUAAAGACAACCAGUGGUUGGGUGUCACAGUCAAAAGUCAAGGAAUUGGUGGAAAAGUAGUGACAUGUGCUCACCUUUACGAGCUCAGACAACACGUCAACCAGUCGUUUGAGACCCGCGACCCGAUCGGACGCUGUUAUGUGCUGAGUGAAGAUCUGACCGAGAGAGAUGAUCUGGACGGGGGAGAGUGGAAGUUCUGUGAAGGUCGUUCUCAAGGACAUGAGCAGUUUGGGUUCUGCCAGCAGGGCUUGUCGGCUAGUUUCACACCUGACAAAAACUACAUACUCUUUGGGGCCCCGGGGACCUACAACUGGAAAGGGCUGUUGUUUAUGGCCAGUCCUGUUGAGGAUGCUCUGGUCUACAAAACUCUGGAACCAUCUAAAAGCUCAUUUGAGGACAUCGCUCAGAACAGCUACCUGGGUUUCUCUGUGGACUCAGCCAGAGGUCUCAUGAGUAAGUCUGAGCUGACGUUUGUCGCUGGAGCUCCUCGAGCUAAUCACACAGGAGCCGUGGUUCUGCUCCGGAAGGACAACGUCUACCGGCUGAUGCCUGAACAUAUUCUGUGGGGCGAAGAACUGGCCUCCUCCUUCGGUUAUUCUUUGACCGUAGCUGAUCUGAACAGUGAUGGCUGGACAGAUCUUGUAGUGGGAGCUCCAAACUUCUUUGACCGAAAGGCAGAGAUUGGAGGUGCUGUGUAUGUGUACCUGAACCCAGCCAGCCACUGGGAAAAGGCCCGGCCGAUCCGGCUCAACGGAACAUACGACUCUAUGUUUGGGAUGACCAUCGGUAGUGCUGGAGAUCUGGACCGAGAUGGUUAUGAGGACAUUGCUGUUGGAGCCCCAUUUGAUGGAGAUGGGAAAGUUUUUAUUUAUCGUGGCUCUUCAUCUGGCAUUGAUACUAAACCCUCUCAGGUCCUGGAUGGGCUUAAUGCAGGAGUCAAGCGGCUGGGCUAUUCUAUAUCUGGAGGACUAGAUGUCGAUGGGAAUUUUUAUCCAGAUCUAGCUAUUGGCUCUCUCAGCGAUCAGGUUGUGCUUUAUAGGUCACGUCCGGUGGUCCACGUGAUACGAGACAUUUCCAUCGAGCCUCAGUAUAUUGAUCUGACGCAGCACAGCUGCCAGGGCCAAGAUGGCGUUUGUGUGGAUGUGAAGGCCUGCUACACGUACACUGCUUAUCCAGACUCCUACUCGCCGCAUAUCACUCUUGGUGUGCAUUUUGAGGCAGACGUAGAGCGCAGGAAGUUGGGUCUUCCUCACAGAGUUUACUUCCUGGACCGCAGUUUAUCAGAGCCGGAGUAUGUUCAUUCGGUGGAAGUAGAGCUACGCGGACAAAAACAUCCUGACUGCCAAACAGUGACUUUUGUUGUACAGGAAAACAUUCGGGACAAGCUGCGGCCCGUCUCUCUGGCUAUCACACACACUAUAAGGAAAAGCAGACAUCACCAACACACGGGACAUAAACACCACAACCAGCUGAGCCCAGUGCUGAGCCUCAGUCCCUCAAACACACUCUACUCUGAGGUUAAUUUUGUCAGAGAAGGGUGUGGUGAAGAUAAAAUAUGCCAGAGCAACCUUCAACUCUCCUAUCAGUUUGGCACAAAAGCGCCGAUCUCAAAUGCCUUCACUCCUCUGCCGCGAGACGAGUCUGAUGUGCCGGUGUUCUCUCUGUCGGAUCAGAGGUCAGUAGUGCUGGAGGUCACGGUGUCUAACAUGCCGUCUGACCCGGAAAACCCACAGGAAGAUGGAGACGAUGCCCACGCCGCCCAGCUGCUGGUGUCUCUGCCCGACACGCUCUCAUACUCUGGACUCUUGAGCCAGCAGGUGUUGUGUGAGGUCAAUCAGAACGGCUCUCAGGCGCUGUGUGAACUGGGCAAUCCUCUGAAAAGAGAAGCCACGGUCAAAUUUUAUCUAGUUUUGAGCACGUCUGCAUUCACUAUAGAAACAACGUCGCUGUCCGUUCAUCUUACGCUGUCUACGAUCAGUGAGCAGCCUGCUUUGGCUCCGGUCAGAGCGUAUGCCCGGGUGGUCAUCGAGCUUCCUCUGGUGCUUAGCGGACUGGUGCGCCCUCAUCAGCUGUUCUUCAGCGGAGCGGUCAGGGGAGAGAGCGCCAUGACCUCACUGCAGGACAUCGGCAGCCCAGUGGACUACGAAUUCAUCGUGUCUAACACUGGGCAGUCUCUCCAAACGUUUGGCUCGGCCUCCCUGAACAUCCUGUGGCCGUAUGAGCUGGUCAAUAGGAAGUGGCUGUUGUAUCCGAGUGCUCUGCAGGUGGAAGGUCAGCCGCCCACUCUCUGUGAACCUCGGUCAGCGCUCAACCCUCUGGGCCUUGACCAGCCGCCACAGGCAGAAAACAUCAAGGGCAGCAGAAAGGCACGCUCGCAUCUGGAGACGACAGAAGACCUGCUCCCCAGAAGCCCAGGAAAAAUCACUCCAGCUGUUUCUGCCUCUGAGAGAAGAAAGUCUCUCACCCUGGAUUGUUUACUGGGCUCUGCACGCUGUCUGCUCUUCCAGUGUCCUCUGCUCACCUUCUCCGGCUCGACUCGUUUCAGGAUCCGAGCGCACAUGUGGAACAGCACUUUCAUUGAGGAGUUUUCAUCUGUUAGUGCUGUGGAGCUGCUGGUCAGAGCCAACAUCACCAUUAAAUCCAACAUUAGACAUCUGGUGCUGAAGGAUGCUUCUACACAGGUGUCAGUGAUGAUUUACCCAGAGCACGGCCUGUCGGAUCAGCACAGCAUCCCAUGGUGGAUCAUUCUUAUUGCUGUUCUGGCUGGAAUUAUUGUUCUGGCGCUGCUGGUGUGUUUACUGUGGAAGUGUGGUUUCUUCCAAAGAGUUCAUCAUAAAGAUAAAGUGCCCCAGUAUAAGGCUGUGAAGAUCCUACGGCAAGAGACACAAUUUCAGGAUAAGACUUUUAUUUUGCACAAAAAACAAUGGGCUACUCACUGGAGUGAUGGGGCAAUCUAAUAUGCAUCAUUUUGUCGUCAAUAACAUGGACGCCUGCAGUGGACUCUCACUGAACAUUUUUAUUCAGCAUUUUUAAGUUGCUCUGCAGAUUGAAAGGAAAUUUCAGAAGGACCGCUGGAUCUAGCUGGAGAUAGGCAGUAUAUGAAUGGAAAUACAUGCACCUAGUAUUAAAGGAGCUGUAUUUAAGUUUUUGUCACUACUAAAGCAUAAAAAUUAUUAUACAUUAACUAUACAUUUUGGUUUGUGAAACCCACCCACUGCAGUUUACCCAAAUGUCUUGGGCACCCUGGGUUGCCAGCUGGCGAAAAACACAUUGAAUUUGAUUCAAUUCACCAUCUUUUGUGCACUCGUUCCUGUUGGGAGAGGCCAAGUGAAAACUCUACAAUAUUUAGAAUUUUAACUGCAAUGCCUAGUUCAAUUCUUCAUCCAGCAGUUAAUGUUGAACUCAGUGUAAUGGUGGUCCUGUGUCAUCUAUAGUUCGCUUUAAGAACUUUAAGAAUGCUGAGACACAUUUUAAGAGUCUUUAUAUUGUCACAAGUCCUGUGCAUGGCCUGGCCAUGGUCUUUAUUACAAUGACUCUCACAUUACCCAGACUGGAAUACAUUUCCCAUGUUCCAUUUCACUGACUCCAUUCUCACAUGCAGCCAAUUACACACACUAUGAAAAUCAGCCUCAAACCACCAAUAAACGCUAAGUAUUGUUUGUGUUUAUCUCUCUCCUAGCAAUAGCAUCUUUACAGAGUCCUCUGGAAUACGUUGGCCAUUGUUUGACCCAUGCCUGUUUACCGGACUACUCUUUUGUCUUGCCCUCAACAUACCUGUGUGUCACUGUCUGACCCUUGCCUGUGCUUUGACCAUGUUUUAUAAUAAAGCUUUGCAGAUGGGUC